AUGGUACUGGUCUGUUUCAAGCUACGCACCGUGGCUAUUUUAUUGGUUUUGAUCCUAUAUGUGCUCUUUAUAUACUUUGGAAAUGGGAGUCAGCUUGAUUUUAACGCAGCUAUGUUCCUUACAAAAAACUCCCUACGAGAGUUUAAACAAAGACUAAGCUCAAAAAAAAUUAUCACGCCAAUUACCGGUCCUUUGCAAUAUGAAGGUGAUUCGGAAUACCCUUUCAAUAAUGUUUUUAAUUCUUUAUUCCCAAUUGAUGCGACGUUUGAAUUCAACACAACACACACGGGCAACAUCACGACCCACAAAUUCACUGGAAGGUAUGCAUCCUUCAGUGCAAUUUUAAGUUCCGAACUUACCAGUCAAUACAGAUUCUUAUCCGAGAAUGCAUGCACCAGUGUGUCAGUAAAUGAUGGCGAUCAAAACAAGAUCAUAAUUGUUUCCAGGGGUGAUUGCAACUUUGUUAGUAAAGUCUUAAAUAUUAUUGACUCGAAUGCAAAGCCGAAAGCUAUAAUUAUUGCAAACAACGAACCUUACCGAGGCUUGGUGACGAUGUUUUCAAAUGCGUUUAACCAAGACGGUGCGUUGACUAUCCCAAUAGUCUUUAUCACGUUCGAGGAUGGCCAAUUACUCAAGUCCAUGCAAAAUGAGGUUAUCAUUUUGCAAAUGAAGACUGCUGCUAUUGGAGACUGGUUGAGUAUCCUCUUAUCCAUUGUUUUGUCGCCUCCGCUAUUGAUUAUUCUCAUUUAUGUUAUAAUAUUGUGUGGGCAAAGAGUAAGGGAACGGCAAAUUAACAAGCGCAACACAGAAUUAGUGAAGAACUUGCCAGUAUACGUUUACAACGAUGAUCAAUUGAUAUUAGAGUCAGAUUUUGAAAAGUAUCGCGGGAUGGCAGACCAAGGAACGUUUACAGAUUCUACUUCGUAUUCCAAGAGUGCUUCGCGUAAAAAAUUACGAAUCUUGAGCUCUCCCAAUGAUUACUUUAGAGCCUUCAAAUGCUCGAUAUGUUUGGAAAGGUAUGAGCCGUUAAAGUCUAGGGUUUUGGUAUUGGAAUGUAAGCAUAUGCAUCAUCAAAAGUGUCUUUCAAGAUGGUUGAUCAAUUUCAGAAGAAGUUGUCCUUUGUGCAACAACACAAUUCUAAAGGACAAUCUUCUCAGUGGUCAUGAGGUCACUUAUGGUAGUUUUGACAUGGAAAAUGGGGUUACCGAGGGUAGUAGCAGAGAAAUUGAAGUUCAACGUCCGUUCGACUAUAGGAGUAUGAGUAGUCAAAGACUGUUUCAAAGACCACUUUUGAUAUCAAGACCGCUGGCGAUCUUGAACUGCUACAACUCUGACUGCAAUGGAGGUGCACAACUAAGUACCAGCAUUGAUUCAGUUUAA